GUCGUGGCUCUGGAAAUCGUAAGUCGGUUGAGAGACGAGUGCUUCAAGGCGGGGCGCCCCGUCACCCUCGCGCUCUCUGCGUUUCCGCGAUCCACGCAGCCGCUUCUCGACAAAUAUCUCAACAAAAGGCUUUCUGAAGAGGACCUCCAGGUGGCAGUGAGCCAUUGGUCCAAGGGUCGCUUCGAGGAGAUGGUUCCGCUUUUGCAGUACUGCCGCGACUCGGGCGUCCGCCUCUUCGCGUGCGGCGUGCCUCCUAAGAUUCUGCGCACGGUGCAGGCUGGCGGAGUGCAAGCCCUCGCGCCCAUCGACCGCCAGCGCUACGCCCCUCCCCUCGGCGGCUUCCCCGCGCCUUCCCCCUCCGCAUCAACCGACCAACCGCUUACCAGCUCCGCGGCGGCAUCCGCGACGGCGGGGCUGUGGGGGCUGGAGCCAGCGGCGGUGGCGGCGGAGGUGUACUCGCGGGAAGCCGUUUCGCGAGCGUCGCUGCCUUUCGGCCCGGGGCCGUACUGGUUCGCGCAGGCGCGCGUGGUGGAGCAGCACGCCGUGGCGCGCAGCAUCGAUCAGGCCAUGGCGGACGGCGGAAUCGUCGGGCUGCUCGUCGUCCUCACGGGCGCGUCGCAAGUGCGCUACGGAGCGCAGGGGUCCGGAGUCCCUGCCCGGAUCAACAACGGGCAACUGAAAAUUUCUGCUGGGUCGCAACGAGUGGUCCUUCUCAACCCCGAGCGCCAGCGCAGCCGGGGAGACGGCGAACUGCCCGAAGCCGAUUUUUUCUGGUACUCGGGCAGCCGCAUGUGCACGCAAAACUGUUAUGACAGGGCGGAAAUCGCGCGCGUGAUGGGCGCAGCGGGGAGAACCUUCGACAACCUACCGCAGGACCUACAAACGGGGAUAGAACGCGGAUUAAUCUCUCCGGACACGCUCCAGUCGUUCUUCGAGUUAGAAAGCCACCCGCUAGUCGCGGAGGCGACGAAGCGCUUCCAGGGGCUGCGGGAGCGCGUGUACGCCGACCCGCGGUUCCUCCAACGGAUAGUAACUGAGGAGGCGAUCAGCGUCACGACGGCGCUGCUGGCGCAGUGGGAGAAGCGGCGCGAUCGAUUCUGGUCGGAGAUCGAAUACGUCGCGACGGACGUGCUGCGCGGCGUGAUCGUGAAUUUCUUCACCGUCUGGUUACCCGCUCCCACGCUCUCGUUCCCCGCCGCCUCUGCCGCCUCUUCAAUCGCGGGCUCCGCAGCAGCAGGAGCGGCCGGCGCAGCGGGGGCGGUGCAAGGGCCGGUGCAGCAGCUGGUGUCAGGUGUGGGUGCGUGGGCUGCGACGCUGCCGAAGAACGCGUUUCAGAGGGCGACGCAGCCCGGGCAAGACUGGGGGCUGCAGCAGCGGCUCGCGUCCAUCCUCUUUACAAGCGGGAAGCUGUUCACUGUAGGGUUCUCGGCGAGUGUUGGCACUGUAGCGCUGAAUAAUUUGUUUAUGGAGGUGAAGAACCGCCUGGGAGAGUUGACCCUCCCUGGAACACCUAACGGAUUGGAGGGAACGGAUUCUGCAGCAGCUGUUACAGAGGCUCUUUUUGAACUGCUCCAAGAAUCAGACGAAUCAGAGGCUGCGGCCGUUGACCGCCUGAUGACCACUGAUCCCAAUUCCCCGCUUCCUCUCGCGGCUAUUGGGCUUGAAAUCACGGAGUCUGAGAGGAGUGAGCGUGGUGGUGCUUGGGCGAUAUCGGAUGAGGAAAUUAUCUUGGAAGCCGUAGAGCUGUCAGUCCCCUCCUCUCCCCCCAUGGGGUCUGUGAUCUCGCUCGAGCAUGUGUCAAGGGUAGGGGAUGUGGAGCUGCUUCCUUCUCUGGAUUCCGCCAUCCCUCUUGACUCUCUGUCUCCUCUUGAUUCACAUCCCUGCCUUGACUCCCUUCCUACUCUCGACUCGCUUCCUUCUCUUGAUUCUCUUGCUUCUGGUGAUUCUUUAGAAGUGCCUGCAGUGGUGCCUGCAGUGGUGCCUGCAGUGGUGCCUGGUGAUGGCCCUGCUGUGACAGUGCUGGGUGAAGAAUCACCCAAUGCAGUGGCAGUGGCAGUGCCAGCAGCAACAGCAGCAGCACCACCAGCAGCAGGUUCAGUCGCAGCAGAAGCAGCGGCUGGGAUGGAGAUGCGUUGGCUGACAGGCAGCAGCAGGACCUGA